AAGGGAUCAAUAAUAACUUCAAAUACUUCAUCAUAAACAUUCUUUUGAGCAGAGCUGAGAAAAGGCUUUAUUCCGAAUCGACUCUUUCACCGUCACGCGCAUCAAAACUAUACUGCAAGCAGACAGACUUGGCACUCACUACCCGGUGGACAGCCCCCCAAGACUUCUACCAAGGAUUUACCUUACAGGCUGCGGACUCGUAACCAGCUAUUCAGACAUGAUACCCGAUGAUAUCGAUGAGACUGCACCAGGCGACUUGAAGCAAUCUGCUGGUCUGCACGACGAAGUCAUUGUCGAACAUGCCUCAGUCCCACCUGCGGCAUCCAGGGAAUUAUUUUAUCCGGUGGCAGCCGAUGAACAAAGUGGAUCAUCCAAGCCCAGAAAGUUCAAAGCCAAGCUUGAUCAGCAGAUUGAAAUUGAAGGGAUACUCGGCAAGGAGUACUCACCCGGUCGGAAAAUUGUUUGCACCUGUGGUGCCGGAACCGUUGAUGCACAAAAACACGUUCUUUUGUGCACCCAAACAACCUCAAACCAUGACGCAGAACUAUCCCAGUGGUCUGCUCAUGAUUUUCACCAUGAGAAGGUUGAGCUUAAUCGAUCGGCCCAUGAGCAUGCGAGCGGUUUAUCAUGGCGCAAAUACCAAUUCUUCAGAGCCUUGAACUUGAGUGGACAGUCACAUUCCCAGGGCCAGGCGCCAUUUCUUUAUCGCUGCUCGCCUGUCUCGAAAGUUGCUCAGCCCGGCGAAGGAUAUCUGUCAAUUGGAUCAUCAUUCCCCUCAAAGAUUGAUGUGGACCUUUCGGAGGCUGCCCCGUUGAUACCGGCAAGAACCACUCAAUUAGACUCUGGAAAUGAAUGGAUUAACCCUGCUUUCAUUUCACAGCCGUCACGGCUUCGCUUCCUCCCAGUGGAAAGACGGAGCCUGGUCUCGCAGACUUUACCUGAAUCAUCAAUAUCGCCAGUGGUUCCUCGAUUGAAUGUCGCGGCGAAUUACCCCACCGAGUCUGUGGAGGCCAAAUCCAACACAACGCUAAUCUCAAAGCCGCAAGCUAUUAUCCUUGCGUUUGGCCUUCUAACUUUAUUAAGCCUCAUCGGGGCAGGCUUCUUGUAUCACGUUCGUCGGAAAAAAAUCAAACGGGGAAAACAUUCGGGUAGACACCUAGACAUUCCAAACAAGACGCUGUUGUGCAGUCCAGCAAUGAAAGACCCUAGCCAUCGAGUAACCAUAGAACCCACACCUUCACCGACAUUCUCAAGCAGCAAUGCCGAAAGCAAUUUGAGGAGUGAUCCAAGUCAACCAUUCCAUUGCGUAUUCGGCAUCCUCCACCCACCCCAAACCGCCAUCGCAUCCGAAAAACUGGGCGAUGUAACUCCGGCGUUGGACAUGCUGCAGGGAGAGAACGAGAUGGAUAAGCACCCGCACGACGACGCUGCGAUUCACACUUCCUUACCAAGCCCUAUCGUUUCUCUCACAGCCAGCUUUAGUACAACCGCAGCCAGUCCGAACAGAGUGGACUGUCAAAGUGCAAAAGAAGCCUCAGAUCCUGACUGCAAAGAGUCAACCUCAGAAGGUAAUUUGACAUGUCCGAGAGAAUGCAACCUGAAAGCGAGUGCAAAGAGCCUCUCCUCUCUCAACGGCAUCCAUCAGCCACUUGACUUUUCGAGCUUCGAAAGAGAGAUGGAGAAUGAGACUUGCGAAAAUCAAUCCUCUUCCCCCUCUAUGAAAGAGCGAUCCAUGACAACCGCCUCUUCCAUGCGACGACGGUCUUACAUUGUUGCAGAUAGAUUAUCUUCAAUCUUGCGGCCAUCCAACUCGACCGGCUUCUCAGAUUCCAGUCCUAAACCACUGCCCCUCAGACGACUCAAGACGAGUUACGGCGUUGGAGAAGAAUGUGAAUCGGAUGAGGAGCAAGAUCAGGCGGCGAUCUCCAGAUUCUUGCGAAUGCAAUACGCGGAGUGGGAGGUUGAGCAACUUGCUCGCGCAGACGCAGGAGGAUUUAUAGAGCCCGACAGUUCAUCCCUCUCAUCAGUUGGCUUUCGCUCGGUUGAACCACAACGACGACGCUCGAGCGUGUUAUCCAACAUGGAGCCAACCACUCUCAAGAGCUUGAAGAAGGGGAGCUUCACAUCUAUGAAGGCUGUCCAGGGCGCAAAGUACCACACCAACAAUCACUUCAACUACAAUUCACCAUCGCCUCACGACUUCCCUCCCAACCCAUCAUCCUCGAGCUACCCGGCGAUGUACGAGCAAGAUCAAUCAACGCUGGCAAACUUCAAUUCUCAGCCUCCAAACAAUGCCUUCUUCCCUAACCAUUCCAAAGUCAGGUCCAGAUUAUCCUCAGUACUAUUGGCGCAGGACGCGCAGUUUUGUUCGAGUCCCAAAAGUUUAAGCUCACAGGGCCACAGAAACAUACCCUCGCCUGUUGAUAUGACGCAUGAACAGACUUGCAAAGAUUCACCAGAUCUAAGCCACGAGCAAGCAUCCGCAACUCUGGCUGCCUAUAAAAAGAAGCACCGACACUCCAAAUCCGCUCCAUUGAACUUCUUGCGCGACUCCAUCGACCUUGAACCAAUCAGAGAGCUCAAGUUAAGUGUGACGAAUCCUGAUGUCGAAUUGAAUGAAUCAGAUGCUCAGCGGAAAGCUCCCGACCCAGUGCCUCAAGGACUUUCCAACUCUACCCGAACCAUCUCCCGCCACAUGGAAGCCAAGGACAUGCACUCAUCCCAACCCCUUCCUCCGGCAGGCGCUCGGGAAAGAUCCCCCUCAGCAGGAGGCGCGCAUUCUCCCGGAAUCGACCAAUUCGAUUCCGGAACCAAGAUUGAAGAACAAUCGCUGAUGGAUGCUACCCAGAAACCUGAUGAAGAUGGAGAUUCUACCGAAUCACCCCAACGACCUAGGCGACGAAGCUGGCUCAGUUCAUCUCUCUCACUCAGAAUUUUACCCCAGAGCAGCCCGUCCAAAAAAGGGAUGGCACUCAACAUGAGUCCAGCUCGAUUGAGGAAAUCUUUAAGCAUAGGCGGUCGGAUGGGCUCGCGAGAAAUGAAAGCGGGGCUCCAUCCUCUUGAUCUUGAAACAACAAGUUCCAACGAACACGACUCCCGACCUAGUUGUCGAGCUUAUACCACCAGUCUGGAUAGUCCAAGUCUCAAAGACAAUACCCACAACCAUCAACUCGAUUCUCAAGCAAUUCCCAAAUCUCACGACUUUGGCAAAAGUUCAAAUUCCAGCUUGACUACCCUCUUUGGACUAUUCACGAAAUCCAAAAGAUCGUCACACAUCCUUCAGCACGAAUUAUUGGGGAUAUCUUCAAGCCCAUCACCUACGUCUGAAUUCAUGAGCUCGUCCAGCUCAUCGCAUUCUGGACAGAACUCGUUGAACUUGUUCGACUCGAACCGGCCGGGGGGCUCUCAAAGUACCAUCAGCAGCAGCAUCACCACCGCCAUGCAUUCACCCAUCAUCGACGGAUUCUGCUCAACCCACCCCAAUCCUUACAGCUCUGCACCGUGCGCUUGUGGCGACCAAGAGACUCCAAACCUAGCCUAUGGCCGGAAGAAUCGUGAUGUCGCCCGGAUCCAAUGGAAAUCCCGGCUGAACUCAGUCGGCUCAUUCAUCGAUGACCUGGACACCAUCAAUCAAACCCCUCAGUCUGGCCUGGUCAUCGCUAAUCCUGAUAUGGCCCAGUCAAACGAAACCGACUACACCAGAUAACCCGAGCCACUCCUCAUUGGCACUCCUUACCGUCUUUCUCCUUCAAUCUAAUUUUUUCGCAUCCGUCAAGAUUCUUUUUCUGCAUAUACCUACGCCAAUUU